AUGGGACCAGUUGGGGCACCUGUACCCGGACCGACAAAUGUUGUCAUCCUCAACAAGAUCCCGCCAGCGGUGACAGAGCAACAGAUUGCGACCGGAGCCGGGCGACCGGAUGAGGUUCUGCAGGUGAGCUUCCGUCCGGCAGAUCCAGAGGGACCUGGUUGGGCCAUUCUCGCGUUUGCCACGCCCGAGAUUGCCAAGUGGCGGUCCAUCUGUGGCUUCGGCCACCCAGGCACCGUCGAACGAGGCUUGUGGAAGGGGAUGAUUGUGGGUAUCGACAACGUGCUGCUGGAUGUCGUGGUGUCCAUAGACGAUGAGCCCGACAUCCUGAAGCGCUACCAGGUCGAAGCGAACACACAAUGCUUGGCGGAGGAGAGGCACAUGCCGUUGGUGAAAGACAUGCUGAGCAGAGCCGAGGCUGGCAAAGCCAGUACGACACCUGGCGGCGUGAUCGCCAACAGUCUUCGAGCCGGUUCCUGGUGGUUGAAGAGACAGGCAGACUGUCAGCAGCCACGAAGAAUCAUGUUGGGCAUGGUUGGACACGAUGCUGCCGGAGACAGGCUGCAGACAGAGCUCUCAGCGGCUGGAGUUGAGCCCAUGCUGGGCCGACCCGCAAGGAAAGAGGAGCCCAACGACAACCUCACCAACACCAGCGGUGUGUGUUGUUGCCUAUUGGCAAACAAGGCUCGCACGAUGGUGACACAUCUUGGCAUCAGCAAAACUCUCCAUUUAGAUGGUAAGACAGAAGGCUUCGCCGGAUGGAUCAGCCGGAUGGAGAUGCUGCAGGCAUCUGUCAAGACUGCAGCACCGCAGGCAUGGGUUGCAGUCACCUCCGGGUUUUAUGUCCAAGCAGAUCCUGAAGGAGCGGAUGCCAUGCUCGCCUGGUGCUCCAAGCCCCAUGUUGCCGCCGGUGGCGGUCGAAUUCUGCCCGUCUUCGCGAUCACCGUGGGGGCUGAGUGGUGCACGGACAUCGCCUGUGUCCAGGAGGCUGCUCGCUCGGCGGACUUCACUUUCGCCAACGAAGUCGAGGUUAUACAUCUGGCAUCAUCCGUUUGCAAGGCCGCGUCCAAGCCUGCCCCCGAAACCUACGAGGAUGCAAUGGCAGUGAUUGCGAGAUGGAAGCAGCGAGGUUGGAUGAUCGGCACUCGCGGCUCGAAAGGUGUGGGCUGCAUCCGGUCAAAGUCAGACGCCUCGCUCUUCCAAGUGCCAGUUCCACCAGUGUCCCCGGAGGAGUUCGUCGACGAUGUGGGUGCUGGGGAUUCCUUCAUGGGCGGCUUUCUUGAAGCCAUCUGGCAGAGCCUGGCAGCACUUGCUCAAGAAGAAGCCGUCGAUUCCUCUGAAAGUCCGGGUAAGCGAAAGCUUGAGGACAGACGUGGAGCACAGUGGAGUGUGGAACAGCUGGCAGCUCUUCCGGUGCUUUCUACAGGAUGUGCCCUUGGCCUCCAAGCUGACAGACGACAACAUGAAGGACGCAGUGCGCGCCGGUAUCACAGCAGCUGGUGCCUGCAUCAGGUGUUCUGGAUGCCAGUUUGCUGGGCAGCACGUGAUCGACUUGAUGGGAAGCCCCUGGUAGGGACUUCAACGAUCGUCGAUGCUGCCCUCGGCGAGGGCUUGCUUGGCAAAGUUCGGAGCACCAACGAUCAGGACAGCCCAUGGAAGGAAGCCAGGACGAAGGAGGGUCAGGUCUACUACUAUCAUGCAGUAACACGGCAAACUCUGUGGAUCAAGCCACCGCCGGAGUUUCCUUCUGCUGCACAGAUGAUGGCAGGCAGAGGUGCGCAGAGAUCGGCAAAUCCGGGAGUUCAGGCGCAAGCAGCUAUUAGAGCAGCGCAAGAUUCUGUUGCGGCAGCGCAUGGAAACAGCGAGCCCGCGGGCUCAACGACCUCUGGCCCUGUUGGUGCCAAUCUUUUCGUCUACCAUAUUCCAAACAGUUGGGAUGACCACAUCCUUCGCCAGCACUUCGAGCAUUUCGGAAAGAUUCUGAGUUGCAGGGUUCAGAAGGACGACAGCGGCCGGCCCCGCGGCUUCGGGUUCGUAUCCUUCGAUGCACCCGCGUCGGCUCAGGCUGCCAUUGCAGGGAUGCAUGGCUUCCCGGUGGAAGGCAAGUGGUUGAAGGUGCAGCUAAAGAAAGGUGAUGAGCAGCAGAUCGAGCAGGCGAAGGAGCAAGUUGGGGGCAUGCCGGGCGUGACCACGCAGGGACUCAAUCCGCCACCGGCUGCCCCUCCGGCUGCUCCUCUUGCCCCGCCGGCUGCUCCGCCCCCCGCGCCCCCAGCGCCCCCGGCACCUCCAGCGCCUCCGGCGCCUCCUUCACAGGGUGACCGGCUCCGUGAGGCUCUGCUCGGCAAGCCCCCCCCGAUGCCGAUGGGCCUAGGUCUAGGUGAUGCCAAAGGUGCAGAUGGAAAAGGUUUUGGCAAGAAGGGAUGCUUUGGUGGCAAGGGCGAUGGACCGAAGGGAUUUGGAGGAGAUGGUGGAAAGGGCUUUGGAUUUGAUGGUGGUAAAGGCUUUGGCUGCGGCUAUGGCAACGACUUCGGCAAGGGCGGCAAUGAUUUCGGCAAGGGCGGCAAUGAUUUCGGCAAGGGCAGUGGUGCUGAGAAAGGCUUUGAUGGAUUUUCUAGCUUCGCGAAGAAGGGCGGCAAGGGCAUGCGUCCAGGUCCCUACUGA